UUUCUGGGGUCGAGUUGCUACUUUUUUUCAAACAAUAUUCUAAGACGUCUUUUUUUCCUUAAAUUAUCAAUAAAUAAAAGCAACAUCACUCUUUAUUGCCAUUCUCAUUUUUUUUAUUUUAUUUGCUUCCUUUUUCUCAUUAUAAAUCAAAAAACCUUUCAAUGCCCUUCAAAUUUUUUUUGUUUUUCAUUUUUAUUUUUUUAAAGUCGUUGAAUUUACAAAUUCUUUUUUCUUUUAUUUUUCCGUCCUCUCAAGCCCUUCGUUUCCGUCUUCUUUUCAAUUUAAUGCCAUUCUUCGUUGUUCUACUGCACACUUAUUAUUAUUACUUAUUUUAUUUUUGCACAAUAAAAAUCCUUUAUUUUACGUUUGAAAAAUGUUUUUAGUACAGUCGGAGUUUUAUUAUAAGCUACCACAAAUAUGGGAUACACCUCUGUUUAAUACACACCCUUAUAUUUAAGAUAAGGUUUUUUUAACUUGGUAGGUUAAUAAUAAACAUAGUGAGGAGGGCUGUCUAGCAGAGGCGGGUCGAAAUUCAGAUUUCCGAGUUCCGACUUUUGAGCCAUUUCCGAUUUCCGACAGUUCCGAUUUCCAACACCUUCGUCAUUUCCGGCCCACAUCUGCUGCCUAAGCAAUACCUCCAAGUUAACCCCUCUUAUUAUAAAAUACUGAUCU